AUGCCCCCAACCUACCAAAUAAUCCCCGCCACAACCCCCCACCACCUCCUCGCCGCCCGCACCCUCUUCACAGCCUACGCCGCCUGGCUAAACAUCGACCUAGCAUUCCAAAACUUCCAGGCGGAGCUAUCCUCUCUCCCCGGGAAAUACAGUCCCCAGGAAGGCGGUGACCUUCUCCUCGCAUACAGCAGCAGCGCAGACACCUCCUCCUCUCCGCUGGGCUGCGUGGCUCUCCGUCCGCUCCCUGUCGAAGACGAUGAGCGGCAGCAACUCUGCGAGGUCAAGCGGCUGUAUGUUGCACCUGAAGCGCGGAAGAUGGGACUGGGGCGGGCGUUAGUGAGUGCAAUUGUGACGAGGGCGAGGGAAUUAGGGUAUCGGGGGAUGAGACUCGAUACGUUGCGGAGUAUGGAAGGGCCGAUUCGCCUGUAUCGGAGUUUGGGGUUCGUGGAGGUUGGGCCGUAUUAUGAGACGCCUUUGGUGGAGGAGACGGUGUUUUUGGGGUUGGAUUUUGGGGAAGUGUAG